CUUGUGAGACGAGUCGGACAUACUCGAGCGAGUAACACUUUAUUUAAACCUUAAAUUUAAUCUCAUGGAGUCAGAUUUUAAAAUCAGGUUGUGUAAUUUAGAGAAAAUAGCGACAGACUCAGACAUUUAGACCAAACUACGUGUCGGAUCAACAGAACUCGAGAACACGGAAAUGUUUUUUGUAACUGCGUCGCUGUGCUCCAAUUUGCUUUUUGCCGGAGUCUUCGGGUUUGUCUCUGCAGACAAGAAAAUCAUCAGAGCUGAGUCUGGACAGGACGUCACUCUGACAUGUCGAGCUCCAAACAACAAUAUCAUAAGUGUAGAGUGGAGCAAAGCUGACCUGGGAGAUGAAUAUGUCCUUGUGUAUCGGGGUGAGCAGUUUGUUCCAGACAAACAGCAUCCAUCUUUUAAGAACCGGGUGGAUCUGCAGGACAGACAGAUGAAGGAUGGAGACGUGUCUUUGAUUCUGAAGGAUGUGACGAUUAAUGACACUGGAACAUAUGAGUGUCGUGUUUUCAUGAGAGAAAAACGCAUAUGGCAGCUCAUCAACCUUCAUGUUGUUCCUCCUGGCCCGAAAACCAUCACAGCUGAGUCUGGACAGGACGUCACUCUGACAUGUCGAGCUCCAAACAACAACAUCACAGCUGUAAAGUGGAUCAGAGCUGACCUGGGAGAUGAAAAUGUGCUUUUGUACCGUGACAGUCACUUUGUUCCAGCCAACCAGCAUCCAUCUUUUAAGAACCGGGUGGAUCUGCAGGACAAACAGAUGAAGGAUGGAGACGUGUCUUUGAUUUUAAACAACGUGAACACUGCUGAUACUGGAACAUACAAAUGUCAUGUCCUCAUGAGAGAAACACGCUCAUGGAAGAACAGCAUCAUCUACCUGACUGUUUUUGAUCCUCCAGACCAGAAAACCAUCACAUCUGAGUCUGGACAGGACGUCACUCUGACAUGUCGAGCUCCAAACAACAACAUCAUAGUAUUAAAGUGGAGCAGAGCUGACCUGGGAGAUGAAUAUUUGCUUUUGUACCGAAAUGGACAGUAUGAUCCAACCAACCAGCAUCCAUCUUUUAAGGAACGGGUGGAUCUGCAGGACAGACAGAUGAAGGAUGGAGACGUGUCUUUGAUUCUGAAGGAUGUGACGAUUAAUGAUGCUGGAACAUACAAGUGCCUUUACACGAACAAUGGACCUUUGUGGAAACUCAGCAUCAUCGACGUCUAUGUUGAUCCUCCAGGUCAGACAGGAGGACACAAAGAGGAUGGAGGGAAGGAGGAUGGAUCUGUUGUACUGAUAGUUGGUCUGUCAGUUUCUGCAGUACUUCUUCUUCUUGUUGCUGCUGUUGUUGGUUUCCUGAUCUACAGGAGAUGGAAACUGAAUCCUGCUGAUCCACAUGUAGCAGAGCAUCUUCAGCAUCUUCAGCCUGAUUACGAAAUCAUCACAGCUGAGUCUGGACAGGACGUCACUCUGACAUGUCGAGCUGUAAAUAAUGAGUCAGAGAAAAUGAACCAACAGCUUCAUCAGCCUGAGUGUUGAUCCAACAUAGACUGAGACAUUUCUCUCAGUCUGAUCCUGACACUCUGACAUUUUCCAACGUCGUCUAUGUAACUCCUGCUGCAGGAAUAAUUUAAAAAAUGUAAUUUUGUAAAUAUUGUAAAGUUUUAUAUUUUUGUGGCUCAUUAGUGGAUUUUUGUGCAAUUACAUAACUGCUCUUUUAAUCAUGCUUGUUUUAGCUCUUUUUUUGUGGUUGUAGAAAUGGUUUAUAUGGACAUUUAGCUUCUAAAGUUUCUGUGGAGACCACACAUGUUGGCAUUUGCAUGAACACAGUCGUGGAUGGUUGCAUACCUCCUGAGCCACAUCACUGGAACUGUAAAUCUGAGUUUCUAUGAAGUGCUGCAGAUUAAUGAUAAUCAGUCUGACUCAGGAUCCAGUGAUCAGGUUCAACUGAAUGAUGCACUCAGAGCUUAUUUGUUUGUUCAUUAAUAACAUAAAUGUUACGAAUGUUGAUUGUUUUCCUUCAUUCAGGCAUUUUAAACAUUAUUAUUUGUGUUUAAAAAGUGUAGCUGCUUGUUUUGUAUGUUUGGUCUUGUAUGUGUGUUUGUGUUUCCUGCUGCUCACACACAGCAUUAGAAAAGCCUGAAAACUCAGUGUUCACAGAGUCUGUGAGCUCCAAAUGUUUGUAUGUAGGACGGUGAACAAAGGUUAGUGUGUGAGUGUCUCUGUGUUUGAAAUAAUAAACUACUGG